AUGCUGUCCGAGACUCAGAUGACCGACGAGAUGGUCAGCGAUGAGUAUUUGGUUGAAUUGAUCACUAAAUUUAUAUCCAAAGACUUGCCACAAGUGGUGAAGGAUAAACUGCUGAGAGAUAUGCGCACAACGGGUGGCGAUGUGUCCGCCAAACUGUCCAAACUGUCGGCUGAGUUGCGGGAGUUUGUGGGCAAAGGUCUGGUCAGCAAGAAUUUGGACGAUAUCCUGAAGAAUAGCUUCUUUAGAGCGAAACUAUUCACUGGUUAUCGACUGAAAAUGAAGAACAAACUCAAACAAAAGGCACUGAAUUUGGGCAAAAAGUUUCUCCAAAUGAAUGGCAAACUAUUGAUUAUUAAGCCUAAUGUCGAACAGCCGAAGGAGGCUAAGGAUAACAAGCAAUCGACGGCCACCGCCGGCCUCGACAUCGAUGGACAGAUUGACCGAAUUAAAGACUCUUACUUUUUACCCGAUAAGGGAUUGGAGGGUAAACUCAACUUCAAGACAGUGGACGACAAUCCCAAUGAUCUGAGUUUUGACAGAAUCGCCGACUCUAUCAACGAAUUUCUUGAAACUGAUUAUAACGCCGGUAGCGAUAGUCCAGGUGUGGGCGCCAGUGUUGGACAGUUCCGGGGCUAUGUCUUCGGGGUUGGGCUGUCGUGUGGGUCGCGGCUGAGGACUGGUUUUGGCCAAUUGGUCGCCGGCAAAGGUAACCAGAUUUGA